AUGUUAAGCAUCACAAGUGCAGACAAGUUUGAAAGGACACAUUACCCAGAUGUCUUUGCGAGGGAGAGAUUGGCAAACAAGAUUGAUCUACCCGAGGCUAGGAUACAGGUGUGGUUCUCAAACCGAAGAGCUAAGUGGAGGAGGGAGGAGAAGCUCCGUAAUCAAAGGAGGUCAGGGGGUGUGACUUCCUGUUCACAGAGCCAAGCCCCUCUGACCACUUCCUUCAACACGUCUGUCUAUCAUCAUCAGCAGCACGGCAGCAGCUCAGGGUCCAUGUUGAGUCAGGCUGAGUCGUCCCUGCCCAGCUACAGCUCCUUGUCAGUUUUCUCAUCUGGAGUCCAGUCUAUUCCUCCCCAGUCGGCCUCCUCUUAUUCCUGCAUGUUGCCUCCGUCCCCCUCUACCCCGCGCAGCUUUGACUCCUCUGCGUAUUCCUCCCCUCAUCUGCAGACUCCAUCCUCAGCCAACUCCAACACCGGGCUCAUAUCGCCCGGCGUUUCAGUACCGGUCCAGGUCCCAGGAGCCGACCAGCAGACCAUGAGUCACAACCUGGGUCAGUACUGGGCCAGGUUACAGUGAACUACAGACAAUCGCUGCCAGCCGGCAAACGAAAGAAGAACGAUCGAAAAAACGGGCAUGUAACAAAAAAAAGUGUCAAGAAAACAAUAUGGGGGACACACAGGUUAUAAGGAUGCACAGGACUGAAAUAUAUGAUGAGUUGCAGAGCCUGAAAUGCAUUAUAUGUUUACAAAUUCAGUCAAGGGCAGCUUUGGUUGCACUUUACAGUACUCUGGUCAUUCUGGUAUCUGCUUAGUAUUAUCAGGUUGUUUGGAUAGUAAGUUGAUGGUAGGGCUGUGAUCAGGAUUAGAAAUAGGUGUGUUUGGAUUAUAAUUGAGCCAGGAUUAGGAUGAGGUUUAUAAAAGGGUUGAGGUUACACUAUCUGUGGAGGUGCAACAGUGCUUUUUAUUACCUGAUAGUUGAGAAUAACAUCUUUUUUAACAUAUUUUAUUGUGUAGAAUAUUCUGGCUUAAAUUGGAGUUUCAUGAGCUAAAAAAAUAAGAAAAAAAGGCAUUACUGUAUUUUCCCCAAAGGAUAUACGACUGAAAACUAGUCUGUCCUCUUAAUACUGUGAGCAGGGGGGUGAAAAGUGAGGACGAUUCUAAGGGCCCAUGACUGACAGGGGCCCAAACUAUUUUAGAAAAUUAAGGAAAAAAAAAGUAACCAAUGUGAUAUCUUUGCAUGGGGCCCAAAAUCCCUGGCAGCGCCCCUGACUGUGAUUUGUGGUUGAAAGCUCUGAAAAUUGACUAUUUUGUUACUUACCUUUAAACCACUUUUAUCCGUAGUCGGCGACCUAACAUUACCAGCUCUCAGCCCAUUAAGAUAAACUUAAAUAUCUCCAAAUAUAGCUAAAAAAAGAAGGGUUUUUGCUCUUACAUUGAGCAAGUGAAAGGGUUAUGAUUUUACCUCUACCAAGCAGAAAUGCUUCUAAUAGGUGAUUCAAUGGUACUAAGUAAAUGCCAGCAGAUGUCUGUAUUGUGAAGUGUAACCACAGUUUGUUGUUUUUUGAGCAGCUCAAUGACAUUGUGAUAGCAGCUUGUUCCCUAAGCAUAAGCUAUGUGAGGCUACUGUGAAGAUUUUAGACUUGCUUAUGGCAAUCACUUUUACUGAAACUUAAACAUUACAAAAAAAGACAUCCCGCCUACCCUGCCAGCUACAUUACACUAAGACUGAAACUGCAUAUUUUUGUACAGAUAACUGUGGAAUAUUGUCAGAUGUUAUUGGAGGGAGGAAUGUAGCAUGUCUUGGAUUCAAAUCAUCCUCAAAAGCACAGAAACAGCAUCAUUAUUUGAUCAAAUAUCGACUGAUACAAGGCUGGAUACGCGUCACAGAUGACUUUGCCAAAAAUACAGUACAGCAAUUAGGUUUUCUCUUGUUUUAUAUAAACAGUAUAUAUAUUAGGACUUUACGUCAGAUGUAUCUAAAAGAAACAAGCAAUUCCAUUACAUAUUUAGCAGUGACUUGUACGUAAGUGGCAGGGACUUUUUAGUACAUCACUUAUGACCCAUAUCCAUUAGCCAGUGACAAUCAAGCAUCAUUGCAAAGCAAUCAGAAAGAGGCUGCCUUCAAACCACCAAAUGAAAACACUGCAGAGACUGACAAUCAACGCUGGAGGUAGAGGAGAUUACAAAAAAAUAAUAUGAAAACUGUGAUAUUAAUGCAACACUGUCAAUACAAUCGCUAUGACAUUGUUAACUGUGCAUGACCAAAAAUAAGCCGCUAUAGACAAUCAGCUACUUGCAGAAAUAAAUCGAGUAUUGUAAAAAAGCGUUACUGUACAUUGCAGAGUUUUAACCUCUGCUCACUUUCCUCUGACUAUUGGUUUUGUUGAUGCAUCUCAGUUUAAAUCUCAUAUGAAAUGUCUACUUUUAACUCUUAUUUAUUUGUCUUUUCACUCGUUCACACAAGUCCUCUGUGUUGUUUCUGUUGUCGUUGUGUGUUGUGUUAGUUCUGUAUAGCUACCAAGAGUCAACCCUUUUGUGAAGGCCUUGGAUCCCUUUAAUGAAAAUAAAACUGUG